CGUGCAUGGUGACAAACCCACGAGACUCCACCUUCCAGUAACAAGAGAUGAUUUAUCAUGAGCACACUGGCGACAGAAGCACAGAAAUCAGCCGAUGCUUUCACAAAGCCAGUGCAUCUGAUGUGAAAGUGUUUUACACUGCGCAAAAGGAUUAGAAUAAAGGUCCACGCGUGGGAGAACACGAGAGAGAAGACGGCGUUUAGUUUGCAAGUGGGAAGCAGCACAAAUGAAGCGAUGGAGACGGAUGUACUGGUGCAUGUGAUAAAUGCAUGAUUGCAUGGACGCUUUUCCGUCGAAUUCAGCCGGCUUAACAAAAACAAAUCUAUGCACUGUUGAGUUAGAAAUAUAGCAUGCUCUGUGAGGCUAUGAAUAUGCCGUGAUAAAUAAUGCGGGCUGGUUUGUCAGUUUAAUAUCUUCGUUGCGUGUUCAGAAAGCUUCAUCAAAGCUUCUUUGUUCAAAUCUUUGCAUUUGCUAAUGUAAUAAAGAUAAUGGCUUCCUGACAAGGACUAAGCGACCGAUCCAGAGUGCCAAAUGCAAGUCUGAUAGAGGGCAAUCUGGAACUGGAAAUGGAACACAAGCAUUUAACAACCCACUUUUGGAGGCCUCGAUCAUACUGACCUCUAUCUGAACUGCCGUUUGCAGCACCACGGACAGCGACCAUGAACAGGUUACGCAGGAAAGCGUGUGUGGCUCUUUUGUUGUUCACCUUGUUCAUUUUUGGUACUAUGAUGGGCCUACGAACCCUCAAACCCACUGAUGGCUUCUCGGAUCUUGCUCCUGGAAUGGAGUUGAUGCCUUUGGUUGGAGAGCGAAUGGACCAGAGACCCAAUCACGUAGCUGAAUCUGCGGGUCAGAAUGGUGGUGGGGGCAGUGACACCAAGAUAGUGUUCUCCAACUCUGGUCCCGACCACAGCAUAUUCUAUGACAUUCACAUCUUCUAUUAUUUAUGGUACGGCUCGCCACAGAUGGACAGUAGUUAUAUACACUGGGACCAUGUACUGGUACCACACUGGGACCCCAAAAUAGCUGCCAGUCACCCAAAAGGACGACACAAUCCUCCAGAUGACAUUGCGUCCAGUUAUUACCCCGAACUGGGACCCUACAGCUCCAGAGAUCCAGAUGUCAUUGAAUCCCACAUGGCGCAAAUCGAAGCUGCAGCUGCAGGUGUGGUGGUCCUGUCCUGGUACCCUCCUGGUGUGGCAGACGAACAUGGCAAACCCACAGAGGAUCUAGUGCCAGCUGUAAUGGACGCUGCCCAUAGACACAGUAUCAAGGUUGCGUUUCACCUGCAGCCCUACAAAGGCCGGACGGAUCUCAGUGUGCAUGACAACAUCAAAUACAUCAUUGACAAAUACGGAAAACAUGGGGCUUUCUACAGGUUCAAGUCCAGCACUGGGAAGAUCCUUCCACUCUUUUAUGUGUACGACUCCUACCUUACCCCACCAGAGGCCUGGGCUGAGCUGCUGACCGUUAGAGGCUCUCACAGUCUCAGAGGAACUCCUUACGAUGGCAUCUUCAUCGCUCUCAUUGUGGAGGAGCGCCACAAGCAGGAAAUCCUGGCUGGCGGGUUCGACGGCAUGUACACCUACUUUGCUUCCAAUGGCUUUUCCUUUGGAUCAUCUCACCAGAACUGGAAAGCAGUCAAAGCUUUUUGCGACAAGAACAACUUGCUUUUUGUGCCUAGCGCUGGACCUGGUUAUAUGGACACCGCCGUCCGGCCGUGGAACAACCACAACACACGAAACCGAGUGAAUGGACGAUAUUACGAGACCUCUUUGCAGGCAGCGAUGUCCGUAAGGCCUGAUAUCAUCACUGUAACGUCAUUUAAUGAGUGGCAUGAAGGAACUCAGAUUGAGAGGGCUGUGCCUAAGAAGACUGUGGCCCGUCUGUACUUAGACUACAAACCCCAUCAGCCAGACCACUAUCUGGAGCUCACCAGGAAGUGGGCGGAACAUUUUAGUAAGGAAAAAGAGCAAUGGCUUAUGUGAUUGGACCUUUUAACAUCUUUCCAUGGAGUUGUGGGUUUAGAAUGUUUUAUAUGUUAUUGGCAUUAUCAAAUUUUCCGAUUACUGUCUUUCAGUUUAUGCAUAAAUUUUAAAGGCAGCUAAUUAGCAAGGACAAACCAUUUUCUUUCUCUCUCACUCUAUCUAUUGAUAAACGAUCGAUUUACUUUUAACUUUCUGUCUUUUGCAAGUAUUUACAAGAAUUGUUUACCCAAAAAUUGAUCAUAAUUUGUCUUUACAAAUCUAUAUUUAUUUUGUGGAACUCAAAAGGAGAAUGUUUUGAAAAAUCUUCACAAUGUUUAAAAAAAAAAUUAAUGACACUUGCCCAAAAUGUAAAAGUUGUGAUUUGCUGAAAAUCCCAUACUUGGGAUAUCACAAACAGCCCAAGACGUGAGAACCGAUGCUGUUUGCCAUCACUGACAUCAAAUCUGGCUCAAAUUUCUUGAUGGGCCAUAUUUAAGUGGAUAUCACUGUAAACACAAAGCUAUUGCACCAUCUUUAUAUCUUAUUCUCGUUUUAUUGAGUCAUUUUUAGUCCUCAGCAGCAUCCAUCCUCAUUCUCUAUCAUUGUAGGGAGAAGAGAAGUGUGAACAUUGUGCUAUAUGUCUCCUUUUGUAUUCUCCAAGUAUGGUUUGGAAGUACAUGGGGCUGAGUGAAUUUGCAAUUUUACCUAUUCCUUUAACAUUAAGCAUUGAGUCUUAAUUUUGCAAGCAGCAACAGUGUGGCCUCAGAUUUAAAGACCGUACUUUUAUUGUGUGUUUGGAUGACAUUUAAAAAUGGUUGGUGAUUGUGGAUAUGGUUUGUUUGAAUAAUGACUGAUUUAUUAUGUUCAGUAAAUCCUAAUCAUGCAUAUUGUAACUCAUGUUUAAUAUUAAACAAUAAAAGGAAAUCAACUA